UUAAAGAGAUACUUAUUUUUGUUUUCAUAAUUUAAUAAAAUAUUAUAAUAUAUAUACCGAAAAAUGUAUUAAAAUUACCUCUUUAUGAAGUUACUUUACUUGUAACUUGUUAUCUUUUGAUAAGACUAGAUUUUAAUAAUGGGGAUAUAAUGUCUUAAACAUAGAACAAGCUGUAGAGUACUUUAAAAUGAACGCAAGCAGUAAUGUUGAAAAUGUUUUUUACGAAGAUAUACCCCCAGGCACUCUUGACGAUGAAGAUUUUUUUUGUACUGAAAAGAUCGUGCCUAGAAAAAUUAAACCGCAAAAUAUUGUUAUUAGACUUAUGGAUCGAGAAAUUUAUGGUUCUCGCAAACCUGGAUCUCAUUUUCAUGUAGUUCGAGAAUUUUAUCAAAAUGUUUUUCCCAAUUUGACUAUAGUAAACGUAGAAAAACCACCAUGUUUUUUGAGAAAGUUUAGCCCUGAUGGAAAACAUUUUAUAGCAUUUUCUGCUGAUCAAACAUCACUAGAGAUUUAUGAAUAUAGGGGAGCAUCAGCUGCUGGAGAUCUUGUGGCGGGAUAUCCAUCAGAUUUGUUAAACGCUGAUGCCGAUGCACAUCAUAGAAUAAGAACUCAUAUAUUCUAUAGAUUUUUUAAGCCAAAAUUCACAGUUAAUGUUUGCCAGCAAAGACUAGUUUCUAGAGCAGAACGAAAUUCUGGUCAACUUCCUUUUAUGGAACAACAGCUAAACAGGGAAUGUAGUCUAUUUACUGAAGAUGGUAGAUAUGUCAUUGUUGGCUCCGCAGCGCACAUUCCUGAUGAUCUACGGCCACACUUUUAUAAUAUACACAGCAAUAAUGAAGCGGUUACUCCUACUAUUAGAUCUGCACUUGAAGAUUAUUCACUUCACUUAGUUGACUUACAUCACGGCAAACUGUGUGAUACAAAACAUUUUAGAACUGACAAAAUCUAUCUUUCACAUAAUCAAGGCAUUUAUUUAUAUAAGGAAGUUUUAGCCGUAUUGUCUGUUCAACACCAGACAAUACAUCUAUUCCACAUAGUUGAUGGGAUGCUUGUUGAAAUCAGAAAAAUAGGACGUUUUUGCUACGAUGACGAUCCAUAUACUGUUAGUUCAGUAUUUGCACCAAUGACUAAUGAAAGGCCGUUUUAUGAAGAGACUAUAAAUAGUUUGAAGCAUAGACUCCUCGUAUUUCUUUUUAAAAGAGCAAAGUCCAUAAGUGAUGAAACAAAAGAUCCCUUGGAAUUGAGAAAGUUUUAUAAAUACUUUGACAUGUUUAAAAGUUUAAGAAUGUGGAAAAUGCAACUAUUAGAUGAAGAUCACCUGUUUAUUAAAUAUGCAAGCGAAGAAGUAGUGACGCUGAGGGUCGCCGAACCGAAUAGUCAAUCGUCUUUCUUCGUUAUAUAUAAUAUAAGUGAGAGUAAAAUUUUAGAGGUGUAUGAAAAUACGUCAGAGGGGUUGCUGCAAUUAUUUGAAAAUUAUUGCGACUGCUUUAGAAAUGCUAGACUAUGCGCAGACUCGCAGUUCACUUGUUCUCCCUCCAAUAACUUAUACGCUCGGUUGACGCAACAAAGAUUCAAACAGACAAUAGUGCGGGCGAUCUACGGCGGCCGCACCGAAGCGACGAAACGAAUAUUGGCACAGUUGCCUAUAAGUGCUCAGUCCUAUAGCGGAUCACCAUAUUUAGACUUGGGUCUUUUUAGUUACGACGACAAAUGGGUUUCAGUUAUGGAGAGACCCAAGGCUUAUGGAGAGUAUCCGAUACGUUUUUAUGCUCGAGAUUCUGGACUUUUGAAGUUCAAGAUUUACGCUGGAGUUUUGGGUCAGUCGGUACCGGCGAGUGCGCGGCGGCUUGUGGCGUUUACUUUUCACCCCACUGACCCAUUCGCCAUAAGCGUUCAGCGAACCAAUUCUGAAUAUAUUGUCAAUUUUCACAUCAGAAAUGCGGUCUUUAGCUGACUACCGUGAUAUUUACAAGCCUAUGUUGUAUUACUAAAAAAACUAGUGAUGUAUAAUCGAAUGUGUUAAUUUUUAUAUGUAUAAAUAUUAAAUUAUACAAUUUUAUAAAUACAAGAUUUAUCAUUUA